AGAAGAAGUAGAAUUGUUAGCUGACGUAUAUGUGCUAUAUGUUGUUUUUGGUUGCGUUGUUAUGCGAACUCUGUGUUGAACAACGGCGGAAGAGAGAGGUAACAGAGGUGCAUAUCUAGUAAGGAUUUGGGAUGGUGUUUGGGUUAUGUAACCUGUUAGACACGUAAAUAUUAAGCAUAUAUAACUGAAAGGCCCAAGUGCUGCUGUGGAACCAUAUGGGUUUGGUAGAAUGGCUGCGAUCAUGUGUUUUGGCUUCAGGCAGAACCAGUGGACAAACCGCAAAGAUGGAGCUGGAGGAGGUGCAGGACUAACGCUCCCUCUCUGAAUGCGAUAAGAGGAAGAAGGCAAUGCAAUCUGAGAACAGCAGCGUUGUUCAAGAUGCCAAUGGAAAGGAAGCAGGAAAAAUGAAUUCUGAUGGAGAAUUUCAGGCAUGUGGCAGCAACGAUUCAUUUCUAGAUUCCAUCUUUGAAGAGGAGUUGGAUCGACUUUUGGACCUGACAAUGACCCAACACACCUCCAGGCUAUGUAGGGGCUAUUUUUCCCAAGAAGGAGAUUGAUGGAGUGCUGCAUCAGAUGACCUGGCCUCCACAAUCCCCAGACUUCAACCAAAUUGAGAUGGUUUGGGAUUAGUUGGACCGCAGAGUGAAGGAUAAGCAGCCAACAAGUGCUCAGCAUAUGUGGGAACUCCAAGACCUUUGGAAAAGCAUUCCAGAGAUGAGAAUGAAGACCUUCCUUAUCUGACGGAACCUUCAGAGGCUAUGGAGGGGGAAGAAUCCCCUCCCAAUGGAACAGAAGUUACAGAAACUAUAGUGGAGGGUGAAUACCCUCCAGAUGGGCCAGAAGUUACAGAGACUAUAGUGGAGGAUGAAUACCCUCCAGAUGGGCCAGAAGUUACAGAGACUAUAGUGGAGGAUGAAUACCCUCCAGAUGGGACAGAAGUUACAGAGACUAUAGUGGAGGAUGAAUACCCUCCAGAUGGGACAGAAGUUACAGAGACUAUAGUGGAGGAUGAAUACCCUCCAGAUGGAACAGAAGUUACAGAGACUAGAGGGGGAGAUGACUCUCCUCCAAUUAUCACACGGCUCAGGGUAAGGGGCAUCUCCUCUCGCCCUAAGAUAGAAGCUUCAGAGUCAAGUGAGGAAGAUGGAGAAGACCUUCCCCCUGAUACAGAAGUAAUCGAGAGCAGGGCUUCAAAAAGAACAAAACUCACCUCUAGCCCCAAAGCAGCACCGCAAAGGAAGGCCAGGCCUCCAUCCUCUCCCCCCUGGACACCCAGCCCUGCCAAAUCCAAAAACAGAGCUCAUGCAGCCACACCUCUUUUCAGUGGGUCAGAGAGGAAGUGGAGGACUGAGGAUGAACCAGACCAAGAGCAUAAAUGGUUACCUUUCGAACCAGCUAGGAUUCCUGGACCCCAGCUAGACACUUCAAAGAACUACACUGUUCUAGAGCUCUUCCAGCUCUUCUUCAGUAAUGACGUUGUUGAUACUCUCUGCUCAAACACCAACAAGAAUGCCAAGAGAAGACAAGAACAUGGAAUCAAAGAACCAUGGAAACCUGUAUCUGUGGAGGAAAUGUACAAAUACCUCAGCAUUGUAAUCUAUAUGGGUCUGCUGAAUGUACACACUGUAUCAGACUACUGGAAUCGAAACAGAAUAUAUUGCCUUCCUUUUUGUUGUACAGUCAUGACUAUGACAAGAUUUCGGGCAAUCACCUAUUCACUGCACAUGAGUGACCCAGCAGAGGAUGAGGAAAACGACAAGAAGAAGGGGACUGCGGACUAUGAUCGGCUCAUGAGAAUCAAACCUCUAAAAGACCAGAUUUUGGAUGCAUGCAGAGCCUUUUACCACCCAUUCCAGAACCUUUCCAUUGAUGAGCGCAUGGUGCACUCCAAGGCCCGCCACAGCCUCAAACAAUACAUUAAAUCCAAGUCCUACAGGUAUGGAUUCAAGCUGUAUGUUUUAGCAGAUUCAAGAAAUGGCUACACCUGCGACUUCAAUGUCUUUAUGACCAAAAACCCAUCUGCUUCAGGCAAAGGGGAGAGCUAUGAUGUUGCCAUGAACCUGUUGAAGGUGCCUUACUUGGGCACAGGAUACCACAUUUAUGUUGAUAACUUCUUCACCAGCACAACUUUCUUCCGUGACCUGUACAAAAAGAAAUUGGGAGCAUGCGGAACCAUACGUGAAAUCCGUGUGGGCAUCCGAGAGAACAGCAUGCCUGCUCGAGCAGAGAAGGGAACCAUCCGCUGGCUCCGUGAUGGGGAGCUGCUCUUCACCAAGUGGAUGGGCGCACAACCAGUCACCAUGUGUACCACCAUUCAUAAGGCAUUCGCAGGGGAGCAGGUCAAAAUCAGGAAACAGAGCAAAAAUGGAUCCUGGACAACACAGUGCAUACCCGUCCCAGAGGCAAUCAAGCCGUACAACAAGUAUAUGGGGGGUGUGGACCUGUCUGAUUCCCUUAUCAAAUGCUACAGUGUGGCCCACAAAACCAUGAAGUGGUACAAGACCUUCUUCUUCCACUUUAUAGACAUUGCUGUGGUGAACAGCUUCCUCCUGCAGAAGGACAUGGCCCAGAUGAAGAAGAAAAAGCCCAUGACCCACAAGCAGUUCAGGGAGCAGCUGUGCCUGCAGCUUGCUGACAUUGGUAAGCAGGAGGAGGCUGAAGAAGAGUCUUCAGAGGAGGAGGAGGAGGAAGAAGAACAACCAGAAGAAGAGAAGGAAUUGGUGGAAGUGAAGCGACCAUGCUACCCUGUACCCAUAAUUGAUCCUACCACUGUUGACUCCUCUCAAAGAAAAUCUGGCGGCAGGAAGAAAUGUUGUCUGUGCAAGGAAAGCCAGACCAACUGGCAGUGUGAGUCCUGUCAGGUAGCACUCUGUAUGAUACCAGACAGAAACUGCUUCAGAGUUUGGCACAUGAAUAAAAAGGAUCUCGUAGCAGAAGUUUUCAAGAGGCAUAUAAAGUACAACCCAUACCCUACCCAUCCUUGGAUGGAAUAUGGAGGGAAAAAAAUUGAGUUCAAGUCUCAAAAACAGGCCCAGAGUUUCAUUAAAUGCCAUUUUGGCUUGAGGAACAACAGGAAGUAAAACUAUUUUGCUAUCCUGUGCGCACUAAUGAUCAAACCACUAUUGACAUCUCUCAAAGAGAAACCGUGGGCAGGAAGAACUGUUGUCUGUGCAAGACCAACUGGCACUGAGUCCUGUCAGGCGCCGCUCUGUAUGAUAGAAGACAGGAACUGCUUCCGGUUCUGGGGGUGGCAUAGGGCUCAAUAAAAUGUCUCUGGCACAACUUUUCAGUUCCCCUGAUAAUACCAGUGGUCUCAAGUGGGAUGAUGAUUAUGGUAAUGAUUAUUAUUAUGGUUAGGCUUAUUAUUUGUAUUGUUUUAUUAUUUUAGUUUAUUCUAUUAAUAUUUGUGCCCAUGAAUGAUCCCAGCACUCUUAAAAUCUCUCACAGAUGUACUGUACACAUGAAGUGUCAUUUGUGCAAUGAUUAUUUAGAUUAUUUUGCAGAGUUAGUCUUGCCAGAAACUGCUUCAAAAUAUGGAAUAUGAUUAAAGACAAUGAGCAGACUGAUGCAAAUAUGUUUUUUCCCUGGACUACAAGCUUUCUGAAAUAGGUAAUAGAAGAGUAUUGUUCAACUUGGCAAUAUUUUGCAAGUUCAUGGGGACGUAAUAGAAAAAAGUAUUCGAUUAAUAUUGCCCCAAGCCUGUGUGCAAAGUUGGUAUAUACAGUGCCUUCAGAAACUAAUCACUUAUUCCACAUUUUGUCUGAAUUCAAAAUUGAUUAAAUAUUUUUAUUUUUUUCUUAUCCAUCUAUACACUAACCUAUAAUGGCAAAGUGAAAACAUGUUUUUCGAAAUAUUUGCAAAUUAAUUGAAAAUUAAGUACAGAAAUAUCUCAUUUACAUACGUAUUCACACCCCUGAAUCAAUACAUGUUAGAAUCCCCUCUGGCAGCGGUUACACCUGUGAGUCUUUCUGGGUAAGUCUCAAAGGCCCUGAUUCCUACCUGAGUUAUGGGCGCGUAAAUGGAAUGUUAUUAAAUUUUUAUGCACUUUUCUAUGCGUAUUCCUACCUUGAAUUUAAGCACGAGAAUAGCACGCUAUUCACUUGCUAUUCGUUCUUGGUGGAGAUCAAAUAAAUGAAGGUGUGGCGGAGGUGUCAAUAGAUACGCCGUAUUCUGACCUUGACUUAAUUCCCUCAUAAUUCCACCACCUUUAAGCAAGAGGAAACCAUGUUGAGCAAAUCUGCCGGUUUCCAGUGGAAAAAGCAUCAACUUUAUUUUUCCGAUAGAAAUGACAGCAUUCUCCAUAUACUGUAAUUUAUAACGAUAAGAGUUAGGUUAAUGAGUCAUCUGUUUGGAUAAAGGAAUUGUAAAUAUAAAUUAUGUGUUUUAGAUCUAUUUUAUCUUGUAAUCGGUGGAGACAGAUGUGAAACCAGUAAUAUGGCAGCAAACUGAAGCAUAUCAACUUUCCCACAGUGAACUUUAUGAAAUGCUGUGGCAUUACGCAGAAUUUAAAUUGUAUGGCCUUUUAACUUACAGCAAUGGGCACUCUCGAAUGUCUUAAUUAUAUGCUACCCCAGCUUUCUCUGUUUCCUAUUUCUAUUGUGUUAAAUAUUAGCCACUAUCAGUAUCGACUGUCAGUAGGCCUAAUAACACAUUUAACUGCCAAUUUACUGUUAGUUCCCUUCAGUUGGUAUAGCCUAACUUGCUUAAUUUCCUCUGUAAAUGCUGUCACGGCCAUGUGGUUGUUGCUGAGGAUCAUUAGUAACAGUUUAUAACAUUAAAAUAAUACAUAGUAUUUAUGGAGCAGAGCGCAGACCAAGCCGUUACAGUUUCAUCCUGACCCAUGGGCACAACACUUGACUGUGUCAUCCCACAGUUCCAUGGUUAGUGCAGGCAAUAGAGGGUAUAGACUACUAUUGUAAAUUAUUCUCCCUAUUAUAAUUAUAUGUACACUAAUCUUCCAACAUCACCGUGGGUUAAAUAACAAUGUGGCAAUUUUCAGAAUGAAUUAAACCACUGUAUUUUUGAUGAA